AGCGCGUCACGUGACCCGGCCCAACUGCGCCGUCAUCGCGGCUAUAAGCGCGCGGCUUCCCCGGGCCCCGGUUCUGCUCCUUCCCGGCCGCCGCCGUCAUGCAGCCUCCCAGGCUCCUGCCGCUGCUCGUCCUCGGCCUGCUGGCCGCCCCCAGCGCCGCCGUCAUCAGAAUCCCCUUGCACAAGUUCAAGUCCAUCCGCCGGACCUUGUCCGAGUAUGCAGGACCCGUGGAGAACAUGAUCGCCAAGGGCCCGUCCACGAAAUACAAUCUGGAGGGCCUGGCCAUGAGCGGUGACCCAGUGCCCGAGAUGCUCAAGAACUAUAUGGAUGCCCAGUACUACGGAGAGAUCGGCAUCGGGACCCCACCCCAGUGCUUCACGGUUGUGUUCGACACGGGCUCCUCCAACCUGUGGGUGCCCUCGGUCAAGUGCCAACUGACAGACCUCGCCUGCUGGGUGCAUCACAAGUACAAUGGCAAGAAGUCAAGCACGUACAUGAAGAACGGCACCACCUUUGAAAUCCACUAUGGCUCGGGCAGCCUGUCGGGGUACCUCAGCCAGGACACCGUGUCGGUACCCUGUCAGUCCAACCUCAAGGUGACAAAGCAGUUGUUCGGGGAGGCCACCAAGCAGCCCGGAAUCACCUUCAUCGCGGCCAAGUUCGAUGGCAUCCUGGGCAUGGCCUAUCCCAAAAUCUCCGUCAAUAACGUGGUGCCCGUCUUCGACAACCUCAUGCAGCAGAAGCUGGUGGACAAGAAUAUAUUCUCCUUCUACCUCAACCGGGAUCCCAAUGCACCGCUCGGAGGCGAGCUCAUGCUGGGUGGUAUAGAUGAGAAGUACAUGAAGGGCGAGCUGACCUACCACAAUGUCACCCGCCAGGCCUACUGGCAGGUGCAUAUGGAGGAGAUAAAUAUGGGCAAUGGCCUGACUAUGUGCAAGGGGGGCUGCGAGGCCAUCGUGGACACAGGGACGUCCCUCAUAGUGGGACCUGUGGAAGAGGUCAAAGCGUUGCAGAAGGCCCUAGGAGGUAUUCCCCUCAUCCAAGGCGAGUGCAUGAUCCCCUGUGAAAAAGUUUCAACGCUGCCAGAAAUCACGUUCAACCUGAAAGACAAAGAGUACACCUUGAAGCCGGAUGAUUAUGUGCUCAAGGUGUCCCAGGCGGGCAAGACCAUCUGCCUGCUUGGUUUUAUGGGCAUGGAUAUCCCCCCGCCCGCCGGGCCACUCUGGAUCCUGGGUGACGUCUUCAUCGGCCGCUACUACACAGUCUUCGACCGUGAAAAGAACCGGGUGGGCCUGGCCGAGGCCGCGAAGCUGUAGGAAGCUCCUGUCGUACUCACAGCCACACUCACCACUGCUGCAGGGCCGGACCCUCGCGCCACCAACGGGCCGUGGAGCUCCUGUUUCUUGCUGAGAGGGCCUCCAACACAGCCCAGGCGCUGCCCGGCCCUCGCACCUGGCCCUGGGCCUCGUCUUGCCCAGCUCCCAGGAUAAGCCGAGCUGCUGCUCAGCCUCUGGGGUCACCUCGCCAGGGCAGGGCUCACGAUGCUGCGGGGUCUACCCUUCUCUGCUGCCCACCUCUGCUGUGGCCAGACCAAUGCUGACGGAGAAAUACAAUCUCGGGCACAAG